ACUACUCCCCCUUUUCCCCUUCCCCUUCCCCUUCUUUCAGUUUCCCUAGCAGGCCUCUUCAGUCCGGCGAGCAAAAGACCGUAAAUAAAAAUGGCAAGCAGAGGAUGAUCAACCGUCGUCACCCACAACCGCACCCCAAGUCAUCAUGUCGGCGCUGACGUCGUAUUCCGAUUGCUUCUCGGACCUCCUAUGCGAGGCGGACUCAUCGGAGAUCUUCUCCGGCGAGUCGCCGGCGGAUUGCUCGUCGAACAUCGAGUCGUCAUCCUGCUCGGAGGAAUCCAUCGCAUGUUUCAUCGAGAGCGAGGACCGGUUUGUGCCCGGAUUCGCUACUUGGCCCGCUUCCGCUCCCAGUCUCUCGAUGCCUUCGCUCGUGAAGAAGCUGUUGCAUGGAUUCUCAAGGUCCGGGCGUAUUACAACUUCGCUCCCCUGACGACGUAUCUCGCCGUCAACUACCUCGAUCGGUUCCUUUAUUCCCGUUGCUUGCCGUCGCACGAUGAGUUUCGCCGGGGUCUAGGGUUACAUCAGCGCAUGGAAGAGAAGUCAGUCGGCGGUUACCUGGGGUAACUGAACGGUCGGGUCUUGUGAGAUCUGCUGCAAUAAUUGGUAGUGUUUUUU